AGGCGAGGACCACAAUGAGCCGACUAGUCGCGCUUUGCAAAAAUGCAUCUCCAUGGACUUUAUCUUUUCUUAGGGUCUAUAAAUACUGCACCGCGCUACUUUCAUUUCUGAAUUGCUUCAUCAGAGAUUUCUUCAAUGAUUCACCAUCAGCAUUCGCUACGGCUUAAUUAAAGCAUUACACUAUCGUUUACAACACCAACGCAAAAUGGAUCGCCUUCGAGAUCUUGAAGUCCCUUGGACAGACUCAAAUACCCCCACGCGCCGAAAUUCGGUCGAUUUAUCUAUUCCUUCGCCACCGGCUGAACACGACCCCAAGGCAUUUCUAAACCAUCAUACAGCGAAGUCGGCAGCGAAAACUGAUCCCUCACAACUUGAGAAGGGCAGUCAAGAUGACAGUAUCGACGAAGAACCUUCACAACAACAAUUGUCCCUCAGACAACGCUUGCAUCAUUUUACGUGGGCAUGGUUUACACUACCCAUGAGUGCAGGCGGUUUGGCAUUGCUCAUUCACGUACAGCCUCAUCAAUUCCCCGGUUUGAGAAUCGUUGGUACUGUGCUGUACAGCAUCAAUCUUCUCAUCUUUACGCUGUGCUGUGUUGGUAUGAUAUGCCGCUUCUUGUUCAACCCCGGCGACUUGACAAAAUCUGUCACGCAUCACCGAGAGGCGUUCCUCUUCCCAACUUUCUUCCUGGCUAUUGCUUCGCUCAUCACCAGCACCCAGCGAUAUGUCAUUCCCAAAGACGACCCCUCAUAUGUUUGGGCAACUGAGACCAUCUUUUGGAUCUACGUCGUUGUCACAUUCAUCCUAGCUGUCUGGCAGUACUCGUACCUCUUUGCAGGACAUAGCUUCAACUUGCAAACAAUGAUGCCAGGUUGGUUGCUGCCUAUCUUCCCAGUCAUGUUGGCUGGCACUGUCGCAACUGUCAUCUUGGACACACAGAGCCAUAUUAACCCUCUUCCGAUCAUCUUCGCUGGCCUGACAUGUCAAGGCCUGGGCUUCUGUGUCUCCAUGAUGAUGUACGCUCACAUGAUCGGUCGACUCAUGCAAUCCGGUCUUCCCAAUCGAGAACACCGAACUGGACUCUUCAUGAAUGUCGGCCCGCCAGCCUUUACAGCCUUGGCCCUUAUCGGGAUGGCCAAUGCACUCCCCAAGACCAUCUCUGGAGCUGACAACCUUGCUCUCAACGUCGACACCGUCCGCACAGUAGCUCUCCUCUGUGCAGUAUUUCUCUGGGCGCUGAGCAUGUGGUGGUUCCUUAUCGCUGUCGUCGCAGUGGUCUCAUCCCCACCAAAAUUCUUCCAUCUUGGCUGGUGGCCAAUGGUCUUCCCCAACACCGGCUUCACGCUUGCUACUGUCUCCAUUGGCAACGAGUUCAAGUGCGAAGGCAUUCUCUGGGCUGCGAGCGGCAUGACUAUUAUCCUUGUCAUCACAUUUCUAAUCGUCUUCUCAUUUAACAUGAGAGCUGUUUUUGUACGCGAUAUCAUGUAUCCCGGAAAGGACGAGGAUGCAGAUGAUCACUAGACAUUAUCUAGAGCUGGGAGUAAUGGUUUGGAUUGGUUUGUACUAUUAGAGAUACCACGGGAUACAGGCUUAGACAAAAGGACACAAAAGGGAUCCAGAGUAACAGCGCUCAUAGAUAGGAUCCCACCGGAAUUAGAAUAAUCAUCGUCAAUUAGCAUUCUAAACAUGUCGUUCAACUUGGUGUAAACAAUUCGGUUCCCACCGGGCUAGAAGGUUCGAUGUCAAAAUCGUACAUCGACAGCAGGGAACAAGGAUUGGGCUAGCAAGGAAUUUUCCUUUAUCGGACGAGAUUUUCACGAUCCUUGGAUCGUAAUCGCAGGGAUUUGCACGGUCUUACGCUUCUGUGAAACAGGGCCGAUGAGCUCCCCUUUUUUCUAAAUGCGUCGAUCCGAUUCUCGGCGAGACUCGCUUCGGCAAAAGUGUCAUUUUCGCCGAUAUUCCUUUGAUGCUGUCAAUAGCAACCUAGGUUCGAUUGAUCGAUGUCGAAUAUCAUUAACUUCAUAGAUACAUACCCAGCAACUCAGGCGAUUUCUAUACAUCAGCACAUGGUUCGCGAUGACAGUCAAAUCUCUUUCUUCUUCUUCGUCGUCUAAAUUAGCUAAGUACAGGGCUUCUUCCGGCCUGCUAACGGCAUAUCAGCGAUAUCGCAUCAGCGACUUAGGGAGUGACUCAAUACAGAAGCUGACUCGUUCGGUCGAUAAGUAAUCGCAUGAUGAACAGGUAUCUAAGCACGCGAUUUAGCUAUCGGUGGGCAGGGAAUAACAAACUGAAGCCCGGGGCUUUACGUUUUACAAUUCCAGUUAUAGUAGCUGUCUCAUAGAACUAGAAGAUGGCGUUGUCACAUCCCAGUUGCUCAUGUCCCAUUCGUCAUGGUUUGGAAAUUCAAAAGCAACCAGAAUCAUGCAGUUUCUCGUAGCAUGUAACAAGUAGACCUCCGAAUCACAUCCAGAGCAAAAGAUGAACGGAGCAGAAUACUGUCUUCAUAGUCGGCUACUUUAUGACAGCCCUUGAAAGAGUCACUCAUCGAUUACUACUCCUGAUAUCACAUCAGCAUCGAUAUAAAUUAAGUAGCAUCCAUUUUACAGACGGCCUUCUCGUAUUAGGCUACUUAUGUGCAAAUGGGGACCGGGGAAGAUUCUUCCAUUCCGUUCAAAAGUCCUGGCUAACUUACCCUGACUGAUCAUGGGGUCAUUACAAAGAUGCCCAAUCAAAUGCAAGGACAUUGCAUGGCAAG